UAUUUUUCUCUGAAUUUGUUUUAAUCUUUUAGACAUGCUCCGUUUAUCUACAGUACUCCGUCAGAUAAGGCCUGUGUCCAGAGCACUCGCCCCCCACCUAACGCGAGCAUAUGCAAAAGAUGUUAAGUUUGGAGCAGACGCUAGAGCCCUUAUGCUUCAAGGAGUAGAUCUUCUAGCAGAUGCUGUAGCUGUCACCAUGGGGCCAAAGGGAAGAACAGUUAUUAUUGAACAAAGCUGGGGAAGUCCGAAAGUAACAAAAGACGGUGUGACAGUAGCAAAAGCAAUUGACUUAAAAGACAAAUACAAAAAUAUUGGAGCCAGGUUAGUUCAAGACGUUGCCAACAACACAAAUGAAGAAGCAGGAGAUGGUACCACUACUGCAACAGUACUUGCACGUGCUAUUGCCAAGGAAGGCUUUGAGAAGAUCAGCAAAGGAGCUAAUCCAGUAGAAAUCAGGAGGGGGGUGAUGCUUGCAGUUGAUGCUGUCACAGCUGAACUGAAGAAGCUGUCUAAACCUGUUACAACUCCAGAAGAAAUUGCACAGGUUGCCACAAUAUCAGCAAAUGGAGAUCAGGAAAUUGGCAAUAUAAUUUCUGAUGCAAUGAAAAAAGUUGGACGAAAGGGUGUAAUCACUGUCAAGGAUGGAAAAACGCUAAACGAUGAAUUGGAAAUCAUUGAGGGUAUGAAAUUUGACAGAGGCUACAUCUCUCCAUAUUUUAUUAAUACAACCAAAGGGCAGAAAUGUGAAUUCCAGGAUGCCUACGUUUUAAUCAGUGAAAAGAAAAUUUCUAGUGUACAGUCCAUAGUUCCAGCUCUUGAAAUUGCCAAUUCCCACCGCAAACCUUUGGUCAUUAUUGCUGAAGAUGUUGAUGGAGAAGCCCUCAGCACUCUAGUCUUGAACAGACUGAAGGUUGGUCUUCAGGUGGUUGCUGUAAAAGCACCGGGUUUUGGUGACAACAGGAAAAACCAGCUUAAGGAUAUGGCGAUUGCUACCGGUGGUGCUGUGUUUGGAGAAGAAGGUCUGAGCCUAAACGUGGAAGAUAUUCAGCCUCAUGACUUUGGUAAAGUUGGAGAGGUCAUUGUGACAAAAGAUGACACCAUGCUUCUAAAGGGGAAGGGUGAAAAAGCUCAAAUUGAAAAACGUAUUCAAGAAAUUAUUGAGCAGCUAGAAGUUACCACAAGUGACUAUGAAAAAGAGAAACUGAACGAGCGAUUGGCCAAACUCUCUGAUGGAGUAGCAGUAUUGAAGGUUGGUGGCACGAGUGACGUUGAAGUGAAUGAGAAGAAGGACAGGGUUACUGAUGCCCUGAACGCCACCCGUGCUGCUGUAGAGGAGGGCAUCGUUCCAGGCGGUGGCUGUGCGUUGCUUCGCUGCAUUCCAGCGUUGGAUGCCUUAACUCCAGCCAAUGAAGAUCAGAAGAUUGGCAUUGAAAUCAUAAAGAGAACAAUGAAAAUCCCAGCAAUGACUAUUGCAAAGAACGCAGGCGUUGAAGGAUCGCUAAUAGUUGAAAAAAUCCUGCAGAGCCCCUCAGAAGUUGGCUAUGAUGCAAUGCUUGGGGACUUUGUGAAUAUGGUAGAAAAAGGAAUCAUAGACCCCACGAAGGUCGUGAGGACUGCUCUGAUGGACGCUGCGGGCGUUGCGUCUCUCUUAUCAACAGCAGAAGCGGUGGUGACUGAAAUUCCUAAAGAAGAAAAGGAGCCGGCCAUGGGAGGGAUGGGCGGGAUGGGUGGAGGAAUGGGAGGCGGGAUGUUCUAAUUCCCGGGACAGGGAUGCGUCCCGAGCUGUGCUGUCUGGGACCGGCAGUUCUGACUUUAAAUACCUGGGGUGUCAGCACGAGAGGGUGGAUAGUGACUGAAGUGAGGCUGGUGUUUAAAAGAAUCACUGUAACCAUCAGUUACUGGAUUUCAUUUAACACACGUGUAAUUGUUUACAGUCAUUGUCCAUGCCUACAGAUAAUUUAUUUUGUAUUUUUUGAAUAAAGACAUUUGUACAUUCCUGAUAACUGGGUGCAAGAUCCAUCCACCAAGGUCCUGAUUUAAACUUAAAUAAGGCACUCGAUAUUCUGUUUCAGAAUCUAUUGGUGCUUGCCAGUACUAGGAAGAACUUGGAAGCCACUGUGCGUGAGACUAGACAAUUGUGUACAAAGUAGGCAAAGAUACCGUUAUGUGACCUUUACCUAAUAAAACCAACUGCUCAAAAAGUUACAAAAUGUAUCACCUUAUUCAUCUGCACACAAAGCCAGAGUCCUGGAGAACCUUGGCAGCCUGCUGCUUCUAAGAUUUACUAGAAAUCUGACACUUGGGCUUGGAAAGUACAGGCCCUUUCCCUCCGGGAAGCGUUCCUUUGUCUAGAAUGUUUCUCAGAAAUACAAAUGGCUUUGAUUUUUGGUAAGAAAUGCCUAAGCUGAACUGCUGCUACAGUUCUCUGAAACAUUAAACGAUGCUAUGAAGAUAAGGCAUGUGCAUUGACUUUGUUCUGCCUGGUCUGCGCUGCUGGUCUGAGGCGCUGGAGCAGGCCCAGCAUGUCCUCUGAGGCGCUGGGGGAGGGAAGGUGCCCUGAGGGCGCAAAAGGGGGGAGGCCUUGCUAGGAAAGGCUGGGGGUGUGUUUAAUGCUUCUCUUGUGUGGGUGUAGUGCGUGGCUACGUCCUUGCCUUGAGGCUUCCACCCUUGUCUUCCAGGAUUUAGUUUGAAUUAUUCUGCAUAUGUUUUACCCUGAAAAAUGACAGCGGCAUUUGCCACCCACUGUGUUCUUUGACUGGAUGCAGCUAACUGCUGAUGCUUACUCGCUUCUGCUUUCCAAACUUGUGUACGUUUAUCUCCAGUUGUUGCAAGAAACAAAACUGCUUUACAACUUCUCUGUGCUUUAAAGCAGCUCUGCCCUCUUAAUCCAGCUGCCACCUUCCCCAGCUUCCCACCUUCAGUGACAACUGCCCUUCGCAGAUGGUGCGUGAGGCUCUGCCGGCUCGGCAUGGCCUGAAACUGCUGCAGGGCUGCCUUUGCCCUGGCACGUACCUUCCUGUGCUGCUCUGUCACUGUUCUGCAGUAACCACGUGGGUUAUGGACACCGUGGAGAAAGGACCAGCUGCAACAGUCGGCCUGAAGCUCCACCUCAUCUCAGUAAGUGAAUUCGGUAAGGUAAGGCAGCGUGUUGGUAGGAUUUAAAAUCUGUUCAAACCUGCUACUUACAUUCCUUCACAGACAGGAAAGAAUAUUAAUGUAAGGACUAGAACUACUGAAAAUUGACUUAAUCAGGAGGGCUGGUACCAUCAUAAUGGGCUGAUAAUUAAAUAGUAGUAUGGUACUGAAGAAAGCCCUGAGAACAAAGGUUUAGUGCUCUGUUGCGUGGUUUUUGAUGACAACUGGCCUUGGGCGUGCUUGCCUGCACUAAGUGGAGGACACCUUGUUCCCUCCUUCAGGGAGGGCAGCACUGUGGUACAGAACCUUGUGCGUCCCUGCCCUCCCUCUCAGACGGGCAACACUUAUUUACUUGGCUUAAAGCUGUGUUGGAACUGGGCACCGUUUGCUUGAGCUGAGCUGUGCCUCCCGCGACUGAAGCGCAGCGUGUGACAGUGGAAGAGUGGCAGGGGGGGGAGAUCAGCCUGCCACGCCUCCCCAUCAUUCCCUGCUGGCUGGAGCCUGGAAGGCUAAGAACCACGGGCGACAGCUGAGCCCGCUGCGCUCAAACGACAGCACUCCUUACCCUACGCAUGCCCCCUACGGUUCACUUCUGAAAAACUCGAGAGUUGUUUUUUCUGUUGCAGUUGCUGGUCAGAACUCCACAGCAGCUGGAGACUCCUGACUUGCCCUGGGCAUUCAUUUGGAUUAAAAGUACCAGCUACUGGGUACGUGACAAACUGCUCCAUAUUCCCCGAAGCUAGAGUGUCCGUGUCCCUUCCCUCGGCCAGAGCUGGCCGGGUUGACGCUGUUAAGUUACAUUCACACUACUACUAACUUCAACUUGAGUUAAUAUGUUACAAUGCUGGGGGGG